AUGAGCAUCAGCAUCCAGAGAGCCGCCGCCUGGGUGUUGGACCAUUACUACAGCGACUUCCCCGUUCACAAUCCGGCUGUUUUAAACCUGCCCAAGUCCAUCCUGUCCAAAAAAGCCUCCGCAUUCAAGAUCUACAGCCUCGGAGAAGAGAACAGCACGGGGAACUCCACAGGACAGUCCCGCGCCAUGAUCGCAGCCGCCGCACGGAGACGGGACAAUUCUCACAACGAGUAUUAUUACGAAGAGGCCGAGAUGGAGAGGAGGGUCCGCAAACGCAAGGCCAGGCUGGUGGUGGCAGUAGAGGAAGCCUUCACUCACAUAAAGCGGCACCAGGAUGAGCCGACACCCUCUUCCCCUAAACACCCGCGGGAGGUGAUGGACCCACGGGAGGCGGCUCAGGCCAUCUUUGCCCCGAUGGCCCGGGCCAUGCAGAAGUACCUCCGGGCCACUAGGCAGCAGUCUUACCACACUAUGGAGAGCAUCAUCAACCACCUGCAGUUCUGCAUCACACACAACAUGACACCCAAGGCCUUCCUGGAGCGGUACCUGGCUCUGGGCCCCACCCUGCAGUACCUGGACCACGGCAGGGGGCGCCAGUGGACCUUAGUGAGCGAAGACGCCGUGACCUCCGCGCUGCGCCAGGGCCUGGUGUUCUCCCUGAAGCGGCCAGACUUCUCCCUGGUGGUCAGCGUGACACCGCUGCCCUUCCUGGCGCUGGGAGAGGAGUUUGUCGACCCCAAAAGUCACAAGUUUGUCAUGAAGUUGCAAUCCGAAACCUCUGUGUGA